ACCGCUGGACGCAAGACGGACGACAUUACAAAACUUAAUAAAAUUUUAUAAGUGCAUUAAAAUGGUGGACUCGAAAAUAUUUGCUCUUGUACUUGCUUGUACAUUUGCUGUUGGUUAUGGGGUUGAUUCAACAAACUAUGACCUCAGCAGGAAUAGGCCCAGCAUCGGUAGCGGCGGUGCUGGCUACGGGAACUACUACCCUGGGCAGUAUCCGGGCAAUUAUCCGAGCAACUACCCGCAAGGUCCAGGGGUAUAUCCGAGCGGUCCGGGAUACCCGGGUCAGUACGGCCCGGCGGGACCGCCCGGGGCUCAUCCCGGUUGCCCCCUAUGUGAUUCGUCAGUGUAUAGUUACUGUUCGCGUAAACAAGCCCAUGAUUCCUGCUGCUGCGAUAAUCCUUCUUUUCCCGGCUAUGGAUGUCGCAAAACGGACUGCAAGUUCCUGUACGCCAACUCUUGUGAAGAAUAUCAGUUGAUCUCCAACUGCUGCUGUGUGGAUCUUCAGAAGAAUUCCGUGGACACGCCUGUCGUGGCUCCAUUAAUCUAAGCAUAAUUGAGCACUUUAACUUUACCAUUUGUUCCAUCUGUUUUGAUUGGA